AUGGCGGCGCUGGCCCGCGUGUCCGCGCUGGUGCCCGGGCUGAGCGGGGUCCCGGCGGCGGGCGCGCUCCGGGCUUCCGCUCACCCGCUCUCCGCACAGGGCCCGGAGCUGCGCCGCGCGCUGCGCACGUCCGCGCCCUGCGCCAAGAACCGGGCGGCCCGGGUGCGCGUGGGCGACGGCAACAAGCCCGUGAGCUACGAGGAGGCGCACGCGCCGCACUACAUCGCCCACCGCAAGGGGUGGCUGUCGGCGCACACGGGGAACCUGGACGGCGAGGCCCACGCUGCAGAGCGAACGGUGGAGGACGUUUUCCUUCGCAAGUUCAUGCUGGGCACCUUUCCCGGCUGCCUGGCUGACCACGUUGUCCUGAAGCGCCGGGCCAACCAGCUGGACAUCUGUGCUCUGGUCCUGAGGCAGCUGCCAGCACACAAAUUCUACUUCCUGGUGGGCUACAGCGAGACGCUGCUGUCCCACUUUUACAAGUGUCCCGUGCGACUGCACCUCCAGACUGUGCCCGCAAAGGUUGUGUACAAGUACCUGUAGAGGACGCCCCUUCUUACAGCAGGCUGUAGCCUGGAAAGGUGCGAAAUGCUGGAAGGAACUGAAGGAGGACACAGUAAACGGCUGACCUCAGACCACUGAGACAUCAGUUCCCGCUGCUAUCUGUGAAUAAAGUCAUAGUGUCUUG